AUUUUUAUUUUUAUUUUAUCACUAAUAAUCUCCAUUUUGGAUGCUCAAAAAAAAUUUUUUUUUGUUUGUUUAUUUUAAUGUUUAUUUUGUUGUUGAAUUUUUUUUUCUCUUUCUCUUUGCAUGAUCAAUGGAUUCCACAUAUGUGGAAGGUGAAUCAAUAAUUUAUCUAAAUGAUACGACUAAUCCAUCGAUUAUUUUGCCCAAUCAUCAGAAUACAUCAACAAUGAAUAAUAGAGCGAAUGAUGAUGGCGAUGACGAUGACGACGACGACGAUGAUGAUGAACCUAAAUUGACCUAUUCACGUAUCAGAGGAGAUGUGCCAAACAUUCUGAAAUCUGAAUCAAUCACAUCGAUAGCAACACAUGAAAAAUUUUUCGUUUUAGGCACCCAAUCUGGACAAAUGUACGUGUUGAAUAUUGAAGGUGUUAAUUGUUCAAAUACAUUUAAUAAUUUACAUCGAUCAUCAAUAAAUCAAUUAAGUAUAGAUGAAAAAGCGGAUUUUAUUGCCUCGUGUUCAGAUUAUCGUGUAUGUAUACAAGAAUUUUAUACGACCGGUGAACCACAUUAUACGACAACAUUUGAAAGACCAGUAAAAGCUUUAGCUAUUGAUCCACAAUAUGGAAUAACGAGUGCACGUCGUUUUGUUAUCGGUGAAGCUGAUCGUCUUAUAUUUUUUGAAAAAAAUCUUCUUGGACGUUAUCGUGCAACAUGUUUACAACAGGCACGUGGUGUUGUACGUAUAGCCAAUUGGUUUGGUAAUUUUAUUGUUUGGGCUUCUGAUCUUUGUCUAAAAAUUUAUGAUUCACAAAGUAAAACAAUAAUAACACAUUUGGAUCGUGAUAAAGAAAAUGAUUAUCGUAUUAAAUUGGAUCUUUAUCAAUGUAGUUUCACAUGGCGUGAUAAUCGUACAUUAUUGGUAUCAUGGGGUAAUUCAAUCAAAAUUUGUAGCAUACGACAAAGAAAUUUUGAUUCCGAACUUUCAUUAACACAAGCGAUGAUGGUCCAAGAACGUAUUCGUAAAUAUUAUGUAGAAUUAGUCAAUUCCUUCAAUAUUGAUUCUCAUCUUAUAGCCUGUGGAGUGGUGCCAUUCGAACAAGACAGAUUAUUGAUUCUAUGUACACAGAAAUCAUUUCUUUAUCCCACUAUUGAUGAUUCCAUAUCCGAACAAAAUGAUGAUUCAAUUUUGAAUGAAAAUCAAAAAUUGGUUCGAAUAAAAAUGGUUGAACCAAAAAAUGCCGACAUUUUCACUGAUAUAUCCGAUGAUAUAUUGACACCGAAUGAAUUUUUGAAAACAGUACAAAAAACACGUGACAUUCAAAUGAUACAUUAUCGUGAAGAAAAUGGCUAUUUGAUUAUAUUUCCACGUGAUUUGAUUAUUGCAAGACCACGUGAUGAAGAUGAUUCUAUUGAUUGGCUUUUAAGUCGAAAAAAAUUUCGUAAAGCAUUUCAACGAAUGAAAACAAAUCGUAUGAAUAAUCGUCAAUGUUUUCGACAUACAUACGAAAGUGUUGGACAAUUAUUCAUUAAACAUCUGUUGGUAGAAGCAACAUUGGAUUCAUGUGAAGAAGCUGGUAAAAUUUGUCAUGAACUUUGUUUGAAAAAUUGGAAUCUUUGGGAAAUUCAUUUGAAUCUAUUUAGACAACAUCAUUGUAUUCGUGUGUUGGCCAAAUAUCUACCGAUAGGAUUAGAUAAUCAACGUCUUCUUGCACCACAUCUAUACGAAAUGGUAUUGAUCGAAUUUUUAGAUCAAGAUGAUUCUAAUGGAUUUUUACGAACAAUUCGAUCAUUGCCACUUCAUCUUUAUUCAACAGAUUCAAUGAUUGAUCGUCUUACAACAAAAUUAUCAUCACAAUUACAACAGGACCAUAAUCUUUUGGAAUCAUUAGCUGAAAUGUAUAUUUAUGAAUGCCGUUAUCAAAAAGCUUUGUUUAUAUUUCUACAGACUGGUAAUGCUAAACGUGUAUUUGAUUUAAUAUGGAAACAUCGGCUAUUACAUCUUGUUGAAGAUAGAAUCGUUGAACUUUUAGAGUUGGAUGCCGAAGAAACUUCACGGCUAUUAAUAGCAAAUCAAGAUUUAAUACCAUGUGAUAAAGUUAUUACAAGAUUACGGAAACAUCCACGGCUAUUAUGUGCAUAUCUGGAUCGUUUGAUUCAACGUGAUCCUGUUGCCUGUACACGUUAUCAUGAUCUCCUUUUCGAUCUAUAUGCUAAACAUAUUCCAGACAGAAUUGUUCCAUUUUUGCGACAAUCAAAUUAUAUUCAAUUAGAAAAGGCAUUAGAAGUUUGUAAAAAACAACAGCUAACCAAAGCCGUAGUGUUCAUUUUAGGCCGAAUGGGUAAUACACAUGAAGCUUUAAGGAUCAUUAUCGAUAAAACCGACGACAUUAAUGCGGCAAUAGAUUUCUGUAAAGAACAUGGUGAUGCUGAUCUUUGGGCAGAAUUGAUGGACAUUUCAGUAUCGAAAACGAAUUUAUUAUCAAAAUUAUUACGUGAAGUUGGCACGAAUGCUACGGAUCCAAUAUCAUUGAUAUCAAGAAUACCUGAAGGUGUAUCGAUACCAGAUUUAGUACCAUCAUUAGUGCAGAUAUUACAAGAUUAUCGUUUAAUGGUCACACUGGAAGAUGGAUGCCGUCGUGUACUAAAUUCAGAUUGUUAUCAACAAUUCAGUAAAAUGUAUCGAAUGCGUUCAAAAGCGGUUGUUGUUCGUGAUCAUGAACGUUAUUGUUAUUCAUGUCAAGUGCCAGGAAUAUUAACACAUCAUCAUCAUCAUAAUCAUCAAGCAAUGAUUACCACAUAUGGUGAAUACGUUCUAUUUCAAUGUGGACAUCUUUUCCAUACAAAUUGUUUAGAUUUUACAGCCGAUGUGGAUAUCAAUAAUGGAAAACAAUUAAUUCAACAGAAACUAUGUCAAAUUUGUAAGACGAAAAAUGGUAAAAAUCAAAAUUCACCAGUCAUACCAUCAUAUUCAUCAACAUCAUUGACAAAUACAAUGGCGGCAAACACAAGUGGCAGCAAUCAUCAUCAGCUCACUUAUAGUCCAUGAUAAUAAUAAUAAUUUUUUUGUGUGAUAUUUUUUUAAAAAAA